AUGACCUUCAACCUAAAGUUAGAGAAGUUUGACGUGGCAGUGAAGAUCAUAGUGAUCAAGGAGAUGAGGGGUGAUAAGUCUUCAUUAUCAUGAGUUAAUAAUUAGUAAAUAAUAUAGUUUUAGCCUUAACUUAUGAUAAAUAACUUAUAUUUGUGUUAAAUUAUGAAAAAUCGUUUUCAAUUGAUUAACAUAAUUUUUUGGCUAAUUAUGUGAUUUUAUAAAAAAAUAUAAUUUUUAUAGUCCUAUUUAUUAGAUAAAUGAAGAAAAAAAAUUAAAUAAAAAUAUAAUAAAAGGGGGGGGACUUGUCAGCUAGUUAGGCCACAAGUGGGUUGGAAGCAUAGUCAAGGGGAGCCAUGAGUAAGGGCUUGAGCUGCUAGGACUAAUGGGGCCAGAUGUGCACCACUCCCCUUCCAUGUCACUAGUGGCCAGCUAGGUAUGAGAAAAAAAUAAUUGUACAUGUGAGAGAAAGGGACUCAUUACUUACAAACGUGAUAUUACUAUAUAUUUGCCCAAAACAUUAGCGCACAAGUAAUAUUGGACUAAACCUACAUCACACCUUUCCCCGAAAGACUUCGAAGAUUUUAAUACUUAAACUAUCUUUUAGUUAUAACAGAGAUAUACUAUGAUGAUGUCACUUGAUAAGGGCAUUAGAGUACUUCUUUUAAUCUCUCUCAUAUAAGUGGGCAACUAGUGCGGAUUUGAAUCCUCUCAGAGCCAAAACUCGUAUUUUGAUUUGAUUAUUAUAACUUUUCUAUAGAUUAUCGGUAAAGGAUUAAGUUAUCAAAAUCAUUAGAUCAUCGGCAAAACUCUCGUCAAUGUAAUUCGUAGAGAAUUGUUACUAAAAUUAUUGAACGAUUCACAAUAAAAGGAUCAUGAAUUCAUCAAGUAAAGGAUCUCUGAUUGAUCAACGAACAAGCUAUCAUCAAGAAGAUGACGAUCUGCUGAGAGACAAGUCGUCACCUCUUGAGACCAUAUUGGAUGCGAUGAAGAGUCUCCUCUUGCUACACAGACUUGAGGAUGAAGCUCUCUAACAUGUGCCCCACCUCCAUCCAACUCCCUGACAUGUGUCCCACCUACAAAGUCACCAUUUUUCUACUCCAUCAAGUGAGAGCCGUCAAAGAGCCACAAAGUUGUUAUUUUUCUGCUCUAUUAAGUGACAGUUGUUAGAAAUGAUUUGACGACCUAUUUUAUUGAUCUCUAGACUUUGUAAAAAGAUCUAGAUAUUACUCAUGUUGUCCUUAUCUAAGGAUAGCCUUCGAGGCCAUGGACAUUACAGAACGAUCCUCCCGAACACUCAAGAUUCUAGUACAUUACUAACACAUUCUUGUCGCAACACCAAAACUUUGUUUUCCUACUUUCAAUUUAAUUUUCACUUCAUUUAGUGAUAAUUUGUGUGGUUUAAAUUUACUAAGCUAUAUUUCAUUUAACUACGAUUCUUUCGACUUUUAUAAAUCUUAAUUUGAUCAAUUAAAUUAUGUGUAAUCAUUUACAUAAGGAUCACUAGGUGGAACUUUGUUUCUACCUAAUUCGUAUUUGUCAGGUGCUGAUAUCAUCCUAACAUCCACACCCUUAUUUCCCUUUUUCAUGAAUUUUAAUAUAUUUUAUUUUUAUUUCUUAGUAUAAAAUUCUUAAAAACUCAUUUUCUUCAAAGAAAAUUCUGAAAAAUUACAUGAUAUUAUAUUACAUCCUUAUGAUUGAGCUAAAAAAUUACCAAUAUUUUUAGAAGUUUUAUUAAAUUAUAAUUAAUAUACCUAUUUAGAAAUACUUCUAAAUAUUCAAAAUUAAUAUUUUAUAGUUUUAUAAGUUUUAUAUUUGCAUGAUUUAUUAUACAACAUCUAAGUCACGUCAAGGGGUUUCAUAGACCUAGGGUUGAGGGAGGUGAAAGAACUAGUGGAGAAGACACUUGUGGUGGUAAAGAAGCAACUAACAAAGGAAGAGGCAGAGAAGAUUGCUACCAAACUAAAAGAAAUCAGGGCUACAAUUGUCCUGAAGCGACAUUAG